GGCCGGGGCUGGGCAGGGGCGGAGGGCGCGGGGUCCGCGGCGGCCCCGCUGCGCUCCCGGCGGGACUGCGCGGAGCUGAGGGACUCCUCAGCGUAGUUCUGAGAGUGCAAAGAGUCAGUAAUGACUCACUGCCCACCCUAAAGGCUUACAGGGUGCUGCCUUUUCCAGAGACUUUGUGCCCUGGAGGAAAACAAUCCAUUUCUACUACAGCACUUUUGAGCUUCCCCAGCUGCUCCUGAAGCAAGCAAACUUACAGACCUCCUUCUGGAUGACCAACGUGUGUUUCAAGUGAUUCUGUCGGCACUAAGUCUCCAACUUCCUGCUCGUUCCAGCUGGUAGCAACAUUUAAAAUGCAAAAAGAUCACAAGCCAGGAUCACACAAACAUUUCUCUUAAAACUUCCUAGAUGAUUGUAGUUGCUUUGGUUGUGUUCUAUGCUAGCAGAAGCCUUUUGCAAGGUCUACUGUUGACUCUAGAGCACCACGUUCCCCGUUUGCUGGGAGCCUUGGGGGCCGGCAGCAUGGGAAACUCGUGCGUCUGCCGCGACGACAGCGGGGCCGAGGACAACGGGGACUCUCAGGGCAGGCAGAGUGAGAACAGCAGAACACACAUCCCUGAAGCAAGGAGCCACCCAAGGGACCCUGUGCGUCCACCCAGGAGGGGUCGAGGGCCUCAUGAGCCAAGAAGGAAAAAACAGAAUGUGGAUGGGCUGGUGCUUGACACACUGGCUGUAAUUCGGACGUUGGUAGAUAAUGACCAGGAGCCUCCUUAUUCAAUGAUCACGUUGCAUGAAAUGGCAGAAACAGAUGAAGGCUGGUUGGAAGUUGUCCAGUCUUUAAUUAGAGUUAUUCCAUUAGAAGAUCCCCUGGGACCAGCUGUUAUAACGCUACUGCUCGAUGAAUGUCCGCUGCCAACAAAAGAUGCAUUACAGAAGUUAACUGAAAUACUAAACUUAAGUGGAGCUGCUGCCUGCCAGGACGCCUGUCACCCUGCCAAGCACCGGAACACCACUGCAGUGCUCGGCUGCUUGGCAGAGAAAUUAGCAGGUCCUGCAAGCAUAGGCUUACUCAGCCCAGGCAUAUUGGAAUAUUUACUUCACAGCUUGAACUUCCAGUCCCACCCAACAGUGAUGCUUUUUGCACUAAUAGCACUGGAGAAGUUUGCACAAACAAGUGAAAAUAAAAUGACAGUUUCUGAAUCGUGCAUUAGCGACCAACUGAUCCUGCUGGAGAAAUGGACAGAUAAUCCUGACUACCUAAAACGCCAGGUUGGAUUCUGUGCCCAGUGGAGUUUAGACAAUCUGUUUUUGAAAGAAGGCAGGCAGUUUACAUAUGAGAAGGUUGACUUGACCAACAUUAGGGCUAUGCUGAACAGUAACGAUGUCAGCGAAUACCUGAAGAUCUCACCCCAUGGAUUAGAGGCACGAUGUGAUGCCUCGUCCUUUGAAAGCGUCAGAUGCACGUUCUGCGUCGAUUCUGGAGUCUGGUACUAUGAAGUUACAGUCAUUACUUCAGGAGUGAUGCAGAUAGGAUGGGCAACCAAAGACAGCAAAUUUCUCAACCAUGAAGGUUACGGCAUCGGGGACGAUGAGUACUCCUGCGCGUACGAUGGCUGCCGGCAGCUGAUCUGGUACAAUGCCAGAAGUAAACCACAUUCCCACCCCUGCUGGAAAGAAGGAGACACAAUAGGAUUUCUACUAGACUUGCAAGAAAAGCAAAUGAUCUUCUAUUUAAAUGGAAACCAGCUUCCUGCUGAGAAGCAAGUAUUUUCAUCUGCUGUAUCAGGGUUUUUUGCUGCAGCAAGUUUCAUGUCCUAUCAACAAUGUGAGUUCAACUUUGGAGCAAAACCAUUCAAGUACCCACCACCAAUGAAGUUCAGUACCUUCAAUGAUCAUGCCUUUCUGACAGCAGAAGAGAAGAUAAUUUUACCCAGACACAGGCGCCUGGCUUUGCUGAAGCAAGUGAGUAUCAGAGAGAACUGCUGCACACUUUGCUGUGACGAGGUAGCAGACACAGAACUCAGGCCAUGUGGACACAGUGACCUGUGCAUGGAGUGUGCCUUGCAAUUGGAGACCUGCCCUUUGUGUCGACAGGAAAUACAAACCCGAGUCAGACAGAUCUCUCACAUUUCAUGACACACGUGGAGAAACACCACAGACUUGUUUUUAAUGAACUCCAACCAAUACUGAGAGGGGAAAGCAUCUCUGACCGAUCCUUAUGCACAUUGAACCAUAGCCAGAUUUCAUGCUAACUUGUAAUCUGUUUAUUUAAAACCAGAAAUCUUUAAUAAGCUCUUUCCAGCUGCCAGCAGUGGGAGCUGGUUUCAGCAGUCAGGAGCUAUGGCUAUUGGUUCCUCCAAGCAAGAGCAGAGGGAGUUGUCUCUUCUUCCCCUUUUCCUUCUCGCCUGUCGCAAGUGCUGAAAAAGUUUGCACUGGAAGUACACAUACAAUGCAUUUUAGAAAAGAAGAGAAAAUAACUAUUUCCUAAAACAGGGCUGUGCUGUCUUGUGCUCGAAAGUCUCUAUUUUUGGCAGAAGUCAGUACUAAAAAGAGAAUGCCAAUGUUUUCCUGUUUAAUGUAGCCUCCUGCUGGUCAGAGACUCUGUAUUUUCUGAUAUUAAACUGCUCAAAGACUGGA